AUGAGCAACCAACCGGACCCAGAAGUCUGCCAGAUCUGGGUUCGUGACGGCGACUAUGUAUUCACCGUUACGAGUUUGGACGGUGUAACUGAGCGCAAUGGUUUGCGGUCGAUGGUGCCUAUAACAGCCACUGAUGCUACGACGACUACAAGAGUGCUUGCGGGCGAGUGGGGAGAAACGCAGUUGGACGAUCUUGCAUAUGCGACUUGGGUACCUGCUGUGACUCUGAUUCACCAGGAGACUGCAGCGGGGAGUGCGGACAAGGGUGAGAAAGGUGAUGAUGACAAAGAGAAAGAUGAUAAGAGUGCUGCUUCUAGAGUUGGUGGUGUUGUCAGUGUACUUGGAGCGACUCUUGGGCUGUUGGUAGGUGCUGGUAUGUUGGUGGCGUGGUGA